AUGGGUAACCAGUAUGUAAAACCACAACGCACGGGCAAUUCGCCGUACACCCGGUCCGGAGUUCCACCACCGGCACUUGUCAAGACUGGUGACAAGCCACUCCACAGAGUCAAUGAUCGCAUGUCUCUUGAACUGCACAUGGCGGAUGAGCGUGUUCGUGCAUCUGGUUUGAGUCCAGCUGAACGAGAAUGGAGAAAGAAAUGGGUUCAUGAUCAACAUCUUCAUGCUGAUGAGCCAGUCGUUGUUGAUGCUGUUCAUCGUCAAUUAAACCCAAUUAGAACUGCUUACAGACUGCCAUGGGACAAGUUCUAUCUUCAUUACCUCAAGCCAACUCUCGGAGUUUACUACGGAACUGCUGUCAGAGUUACCGUUCCAAAAUUGCUCAUGGCGUUCGUCGUUGUCCAGACCGCCUAUUAUUACUGGAAAUAUGAAGUCAAGGAUUGGACACACUUGAGAGGCCUCGAAUCGAUGCCACAAAAAGAGGUUAUCGUGAAUGCUCAAACUAUUGAAGAGAAAUUCCCAGGACUUUUGGAUAAAGGACUCGCCAAUCCAUCCAAAGACGACUAUUACACACCAACAUUCAACAAGCGUACUGCUUAUCUCGAUGUUGGAGAGACAAAACGACCGUGGUAA